AAAACCUUCGCCAGCGCGAAGGAAUGUAUUGUUUGGUCCAGAAGAUGUGGUGGAUUGACGAACAGACAAAGUGCAUUCCGCUCUGGCCGCGUUUGCGGGGUGUGUGACAGCGAAGGGGUCGGCACCACUGCGGCUGUCAGGGGGCGGCGGCCGCAGCCUUUGUGCGGAGGCUGCUCCCGGCUCCCGCCGCUGGGGGGCGGCCUCCAGCCCGUGGACCCCCGACAAUAGCGCAAGGGGUGGGGAGCCGCGCGGUCCGGAAACUUUAACCUGGAGUCCGGGCCGCCGCCGCCGCCCGCGCCCGGGAGCGCAGAGCUGGGCGCGCCCAUCUCGCCCGCGGUCGGGGCGCUCGGAGGGCUGCCGCGGGGGAACCUCACCCGGAGAAGGGGCGAGGGGCGGCCGGGGAGGCUGCGCACGGGUCCCGGCCACGCGGAAGGCUCCAGCCCUGGCCGGCGGGCCGAGCCUGCUAUGGGGGAGGCGCCCAGCCCCGCGCCCGAACCAGCGCCCGAACCCGCGCCCGCGCCGGCCCUUUGGGACUGGGGCUACUUGGACCGCUGCUUCGCCCGCCACCGCGUCUGCAUCUCCUUCAGCCUGUGGCUCUGCGCCUCCUCCUGCUGGAUCGCCGCCCACACACUGCUUCUCUAUCUGAGAUGUGUGAAGAAAUGCAGACAGGACCAGUCAGCGCUGUGUGCUGCGUGCUGCCUCCUGGCCAGCCUGUGUGACACGGUCGGAGCGAUUCUGGCCAGACAGCUCACGAUCCAGGUUUUCACUGGUGCCUACCUAGCAGCUGUUGACCUGAUGAACUUUGUGUCCAUUCUCUUCCCAGUCUGCGGCUCAAAGUUCAAGUCUAAUUCGGGUCACGGCUCCCAGGAGAGGAAGGGGAGGCGGCGGCUCAGGGCCAGUGUAUUUGCCUUGACUCUGCCCCUGAGCCUGGGCCCCUGCUGGGCUCUCUGGGCUGCUGUCCCGAAAGCUUCAGGCCUUGUCCAAGGGCCACAGCGGAGGCUGCUGGGAAGCCGGCUGCAGGACAACACCGAAAUGUUUGGCUACCUGCUGGGUGGCGUCGCCGCCUGCGGCUCCUGGGCUUCCCGGGUCCCCCCACUCUCCAGAAUCUGCCGGGGUAAGACGUUUCCCUGCAUCCACCUGUGGACCCGGCUCCUGUCGGCCCUGGCUGGCCUCCUCUACGCCUCAGCCAUUGUGGCCCAUGACCGGAGGCCUGAGUACCUGCUGCGGGCCACACCCUGGUUCCUGACCUCCCUGAGCCGCGCUGCGCUGGACCUCGCUAUCAUUUUCCUUUCCUGGGUGAUGAAAAGCAAGAUGAGGCGGGCCUUGGGGUUUGCCUCUGAAGCCAGAGAGAGCCCCGACACCCAAGCCCUUCUGACCUGCGCAGAGAAAGAGGAAGACAACGAGGAGGCGAGGAAUCAGGGGCUGGAAAACCGCUGGUCCCACCAGUGUUUGCAUGUGGAGGCGACCGAGAAUUCAGAUUGGGUGCCUCUCACUGCACUACCGCACUGCCAGCCACUCAGGACAAUGACAGCCAUCAGUCACUACAUGGAGCUGACCAUCGAGCCCGUGCAACAGGCAGGCUGCAGCGCCGCCAGGCUGCCGGGCGACGGACAGAUGAGCACGGGAGACGCGCCCCUGCAGGAGCCCCCCUCGUACCCUCCCAUUCGGGUCAUCCGGGCCCGCGUGUCUUCCAGCAGCUCCUCCGAGGUCCCCUCCAUCAACUCCGACCUUGAGGUACCCGCUGCUGCCUGCCUGCCGGUGCCUGGGCGCCCUCCUCCAUGACCCUGCGGUGCCGCAGGUGCUGGCGCUGCAGCUUGCCAGUCCGCCCACGCUCGCCUCCGCCUGCUGAAUAAUGAAUGAGUCCGCUGGCUGCUGCCCGCCAGCUCCCACCGCCAGCGCCGACAAGGGGUUUCCAUGGUCACGUUCCCAGCGAAACACUGCACGGUGCAGCGCGGCCUCGGAGAAUCACUUGCACAUGCAGUUACGCAAAUAAAUGCGUGAAUAAUAUAUAAGCUUUGAAAGCGUCUCAGUGUUUCCCAAACCCAUGUGACCAUGGAAGCGUCCCUCCCCCCAUACCCCCUUCCCCCAACACCGGCUCCCCAUAGUGCCCUCAGUGUCGUACUUGGGAUCGCAUAAGCUUGGCAUUUUCAUAAACUUUACCUCCUUUUGAUUUGGGGAUCUGUGAACAAAACAUCCCAUUUCGGAUACCACAGACGGGUGUAGCCCUCGGGUCUGGGCUGUCCUGUCCCUCAGGCCCGCAGCUCCGGGCCUGGGUCUGGAAAAUGAGAACAAGGACGGUGUAGUUGCCAUGUGCUGUCAGCAGGGGGAGGACUGCCCUUCAUUCUGGGUUUGUGUUCUGUUUUGGUGUUAAAAUGCCCUUUUAGGAAAUGAUGAUCAACUA